AUGCCUUCAUAUGCCAAAUUUCUAAAAGAAAUUUUGUCAAGCAAAAGGAAAUUGGAAGAAGUUUCUGUGGUAAUGCUGACUGAAAAAUGCAGUGCUAUACUUCAAAAUAAACUACCACAAAAAUUCGGCGAUCCCGGUAGCUUUACAAUUCCAUCCACUUUGGGAGGAGUGUAUUUUGAAAAAGCACUUUGUGAUUCUAGAGCUUCCACAAAUUCGAUGCAAUUUUCUAUCUUUAGAAAAUUAGAUCUUGGUGAAAUGAAAGACACAAGUUUUUCUCUUCAGUUUGCAGAUCAAAGUACUAAGAAACCUAAGGGAAUAAUUGAAAAUGUACUUGUAAGAGUAGAUAAAUUUAUUUUCCCUGUAGAUUUCAUAGUGUUUGAAAUGAAAGAAUGUCCUGAUGAACCAAUAAUUUUGGGUGGACCAUUUCUUGCUACAAGUAGAGCAAUCAUAGAUGUCCAUCAAGGACAACUAAUCUUGAGAGUUGAUGAAGGAAGAGUCAUUUUUGAUAUGCAAAAGAUACUAAGAUUUUCAGGGGAUGAAACAUCAUCUUCCUGCUUUUCAAUUGACGUGAUUAGUUAUCUUGCAGAUGAAUUCAAAAAUGAUCAAUUAAUUUCAGACUCAAUGGAAAGAUGUUUGGCCAAAUCAGGCACCACACAAGAACAAGAAGAAAAAUUAAUUGAAGUAUUGAAAGCUCACAAAGGAGCUUUAGGUUGGACGGUAGCAGAUAUCAAAGGAAUUAGUCCAGCUAUUUGCACACACAGAAUCCUCAAGGAGGAUAGCUACAAGCCAAUAGUCCAGCCCCAAAGAAGGUUGAAUCCGACAAUGCAAAAAGUGGUAGAAAAGGAGAUUGUAAAGCUGUUAGCGGCAGGAUAUAACCAGAUACCAAUUGCACCCGAAGAUCAGGAUAAGACAACUUUCACUUGUCCUCAUGGAACAUAUGCCUACAGAAGAAUGCCAUUUGGUCUGUGUAACGCCCCUGCUACAUUUCAAUGGUGCAUACGGUUCAUGAAAGACUUUUCAAAGAUUUCAAAACCGCUUACUAACCUUUUGAUGAAAGAUGUUAAGUUUGAUUUUUCAAGUGAUUGCAUAAAAUCUUUUGACACUCUUAAGAAAAAAUUAUCAACUGCACCUGUAGUUGUGUCCUCUGAUUGGAACCUGCCAUUUGAGGUCAUGUGUGAUGCGAGUGAUAUAGCAGUUGGAGCUGUUUUAGGCCAGAGAAAGGAUAAGAUCUUUCGUCCCAUUUACUAUGCCAGUAGGACAUUGAAUGAGACUCGGCUGAAUUAUGCCACUAUAGAAAAAGAGUUAUUGGCAGUAGUAUUUGCAUUUGAUAAAUUUUGUUCAUAUUUGAUAGGAAUGAAGGUCACUAUUUUUACUGAUCAUGCAGCUUUAAAAUACCUUUUAGUAAAAAAGGACGCUAGACCUAGAUUGUUAAGAUGGAUUUUACUUCUUCAAGAAUUUGACCUUGAGAUAAAAGAUAAAAAAAGAACAGAAAAUCAGGUAGCUGACCAUAUGUCUAGAUUAGAAAAUCCUCCCCUUGGAUCUUGUGAUAUAAAGGAAGAGUUUCCUGAUGAACACAUUUUUUCAGUCAACUCAGUUGUGACUCAACCACCCUGGUUUGCAGAUUUUGCGAAUUACUUGAUAACAUUAUCAGAAGAUGUGUAUCUGAAGAAUAAAUGA